GCGCCAUUCACAUGGCCAAAACUACGCCAUCCGUUAGAGACGGAUCAGAGGCCCUUGCAAAAAAAAGAGACAAGAUCGAGGCAUGUGGUGUCUUUGUCAUCGACACACUCCAGCCAUUACAAUGUUGUUCUUGGGCGACGAUGCUCACUCUCCUUCUCCGCUGGUCGUGCAGGACACUGCUAUUUUUCUGCUGUGUUGUGCAUAUGGAAGAGGGAUGAAUCCCAACUCAAGCGAAACAUUCCAUUGCCCUCAUUGUACAAGAACACGAACUUCCUCAUCGUUUUGGUACUAUUCCACAUCUCCCGAGUAUACAUGGCAUUUCGAAAUCCGAGGAAAGGAGAUAAUUAGAAAACCAGAUAUGAAACCACUCGUAGAUGCAGAGGAGAUGCAUGAGGUAGCUGAAAAUGCACAUGUAUUUCAUCAGCCACAGAAGUUGCCAGUUUGUAGGAAGAUUGUGAAGGGAAGUAGCUCCAUGGCAGGAAAAUCAAAGGUGACUGAAGGAAAAAGAAAUAGAGGAGGUGAAGAUGAAUCCACAAGCAGUGAUAGUGAUUAUGAGGUUGAUUUAGAAGAAGAAGACAAUAGUUCUGCUGAUGAUGAAGAAGCAAUUGAAUUCAGAAAAUAUGCAAGGGAACUCAAGAACAAAGUCAGGAAUAAAAUGCUUGGAGAAGAGGAUGAGAAAGCAGUUGAUGUGCCAGAGGAUUUCCUUGUCCCAGAGGAUUGCAAGCUUGAUGAUGGUGAUGGUGAUGUCACACCCUAUUUUGACAGUGCAGAUGAUUUAUCUUAUGAUGAAGCAAGUGAUGGGGAUGACAUGCCUAAGAGGAAGAAGACAGAGCACACAGUUUAUGAUAGCACUUCCGAAAUUCCUUUAUUCUCUGUUGGUAUGGCCUUCCAUGACAGUAGGGAGUUCAAGAAUGCAUUGGUCAAGUAUGGACUGAAAACAUAUCAUCACUUGUUAUUUCCAAAAGAUGAGAAAAAGAGAGUAAGUGCAAAAUGCAGUUGGCCUGGCUGUCCUUGGAGUAUUUAUGGGUCCAUUACCAGCAGGUCUGAUUGGUUUCUAGUAUGGAGGUACAACAAUGAGCACACGUGCAUUCCAAGAAGGGACAACAAGCUGGUCACAUGCGGUGUCAUUGCAAAGAAGUAUUUUAGGCAAAUCAGGGACAAUCCAUCAUGGAAGGCAGAGCACAUUCAACAAGCUGUUCUUCAGGAUCUAGUGGCUGAUGUGUCCAUCUCCAAAUGCAAAAGAGCAAAGAAACUUGUUAUGGAGAAGAUAAUUGAUCUAUCAGAUGGUGAGUAUGCUCGGGUUUAUGAUUAUCAGCUUGAGUUGCUUAGAAGCAACCCCGGUAGCACUAUUGCAGUGACAUUAAAUCCAGAAAUUCUUCACAGCAAUGUGUUUGAAAGAAUGUACAUGUGUUUAGAUGGUUGCAAGAAAGGAUUUCUUGCGGGAUGUAGAAGAGUGGUGGGGCUAGAUGGAUGUUUUUUGAAGGGUGCAUUCAAGGGGCAGUUGCUUUGUGCAAUUGGCAGAGAUGCAAAUAACCAAAUGUAUCCAAUAGCUUGGGCUAUAGUAGAGGUCGAGAGCUACGAUUCCUGGUAUUGGUUCAUUGGGUUUCUUCAAAAAGAUCUACAGAUAAACAACAAUGGUGAAGGAUGGGUUUUCAUCUCUGAUCAACAAAAAGUGAGCUCAAUAUAUUUUACUCAUAUACUUGUUAUUGUAUAUAUGAUACAAAUUUAA